AUGUCUAGUGCAACCACUGACCGCAUAAAUGUCAAUGUACUUGUCACACCUGUCUCGACCGCAUUGCUAGAUAUAUGCACCGAUAUUUCUCUAACGAAAGCGUUGUCGUCGUGGCAACUUCAGGUUCACGGCCGCGUCGUCGUGGCGACGCCGCUGAAGGGCUGCGGAACGCUGGCCAAUGCUGAUGAAAUGAAAGGAGCUAUCGGCAUCGUCGAGCGCGGCGACUGCAUGUUCGUUGAGAAGGCGAGGAACCUCGUGAAGGUGGGCGCCAUCGCCGGCAUCGUGCUAGACAACAACCUCGGCACUAGCAGCAGUACAGCGCCGAUGUUUGCAAUGUCGGGCGACGGCAGCAAGGACAUCUUCAUCCCCAUGGUGUUUCUCUUCCAAGCCGAGAGUCAGAUCUUGCUGCACGCGCUCGGCACGCACACAGACCUGCAGGUUCUCAUGACGGACGCAAUCCCGACGAGCGGCGCUGCCGGCACUGCAGAUAAGGGCAGCAAGUUGGCAGACGAAACAUUAUCGGCAAGGACUGACGGAGUGACGGUGCAGUUGGUGGACAUUGACGACGAUGGAACCCGCCUCAUAAACACGCAGAAGCGGUUCUUCGUCGCAGACGAAGAUGACGCCGAUCAGCAGAGGUCGACGACGCAGCAGCAGCAGUCGGACGGUCAGCCGCGGCUCGUUACCGCCGACAACGUGCACAUGAGCGUCGUUGAGAUGAAUCCUGGGAUCAACUUCAUGCAGCUGCGCGUCGAGGAGGCCUACACGGAUGCGUGCACGGCAACCAGCAUCGAUCAGCAGGUGCGCACGAGUGUGGAGCGGAGCGGGCAGCUGCGCAGUAUCAUCACCAUGCAGCGAGACAGCGACAACAUCCGUCGCUUCCACCUCCGCAUCGCCGACGCUACCGCCCCCGCGUCGCCCAGCGCAGCCGACUCGAUCGCAGCGCAAGAUGUAGAAGACGACGACGGCGACGUCGGCAACGACGACAAGUUUAGUGUCACCGGCGGUUACGGCGGUGACAACAGCGGUGACAACAGCGGUGACAACAGCGGUGACAACAGCGGUGACAACAGCGGUGACAACAGCGGUGACAACAGCGGUGAUAGUAGCCGCGGUGGAGAGAAGCGCAGCAGCGACAGGCGCGGAGUAGACCGGGAGGCGGACAAGGCGGCGCAGCGGGAGCGGGAGCGCGUGACGGCGCGCAUGCGGCGGCUGCUGUGGCGCCGCACGAACCUGCGCGAGCUGCCGCGCGCGCACGUCUACAUCGCCGCCAUCGCCCGCCUCGUCGACGUCGCCCUCGGCGGCGACCGCUCGCUCACGCCGCCGCAGCAGCGCGCCCUGGUGGAGCUCGCGCAGCUCGUGCGCACGCGCGAUCCCCCCGCCCCCUCCGGCGGCGCCCCCGCGGCGCUCGAGCUCGACCUGGGGUCGGGCGGCGGCGGCGGCGAACGGACGAUGCACGACGACAUUGAAACGAUGCUCGCGAAGCACGCUGACGCGCUGCCGACGAACACGCGCGGAGAGGUGCACUUCCGCGUCGUCCGCGGCGGCGCGCCCGAGACGCUCAGGGUCAAGGUCGCGCCAGAGGUCGCGGAGGCGGGCCGUGAGGGGACCGCAGCAGCGGAGGAGGAGGAGGAGGAGGAGGAGAGGCGCCGCGAUGAGUUGUGA